CGUAAACGUUGAGCAGGCGCCAACUUCGACUAAAUUAUCCUGUCAGAGCUCGGUCGGCGUGGUCAAUUUUAUCCCAUUCUUAUUGAGGAACUAUCCUUUUAGACUAUUUUGUUUACAGUCAUGCUCAACUGCAGUUCAAUUAUAAUGUGAGUUGUGUAAUUUAGGGUUUAUUUGGUGGAAUUUCUGGGAUUUGUUUGAAGUCCUACGAACGCGACAACGGUCAAGAAACAUGGCGACUGAAGCCAAGCGUGCAUGGAAACUACGUCAACCAGCCCCACUAAGCCUGUAUUAAACAUUUUUACCUGGAUGAACUGUAUCUUGGCUCAAGAAGAGUUUGUUGCUCAUGGCUCUAAUAUCAACUGUUUGUCCCUGGGACCUAGUACAGGGCGUGUCAUGGUCACAGGGGGAGAGGAUCGUAAGGUGAACAUGUGGGCUGUUGGCCAACCUAACGUCAUCAUGAGCCUUGCUGGUCACACCAGCCCUGUGGAGUGUGUUCAGUUUAAUUCCGGAGAGGACCUUGUUGUCGCAGGCUCACAGUCAGGGACCCUCAAGAUUUGGGAUUUAGAAGCUGCCAAAAUCCUCAGAACACUAACAGGCCACAAAAGCAGUAUACGAAGCCUUGAUUUUCAUCCAUUUGGCGACUUUGUAGCUUCUGGCUCGCUUGAUACCAACCUUAAGCUCUGGGACAUAAGAAGAAAAGGUUGCAUAUUUACAUAUAAGGGUCACACAGACUGUGUCAAUCAUCUCCGCUUCAGUCCCGAUGGACGUUGGAUUAUAUCUGGAGGGGAGGAUGGCGCUGCUAAGUUAUGGGACUUGACAGCUGGUAAGAUUAUAAAUGACUUCAAGAUGCACACUGGGCCUGUGAACUGCGCAGAAUUUCACCCCAAGGAGUUUUUAUUAGCUACUGGUAGCUCAGACAGAACUGUAAAAUACUGGGAUUUAGAAACAUUUGAGCUAGUGUCAAGUACAGAGCCAGAAACUCAUCCUAUCAGGUGUAUAGGGUUCCAUACAGAUGGAUUAUGUCUGUUUAGUGGUGCCCAAGAUUCUCUUAAGGUGUAUGGCUGGGAGCCGAUCAAGUGUUACGAGAGCUUUCCCCUUGGCUGGGGCAAACUUGGUGACUUCACUUUUUAUUCUAAUCAGCUUAUUGGAGCUGGAUUUUCACAAACAAAUGUUUCUGUUUGGGUGGUCAACAUUGGUCACAUAGAAAAUAUGAUCACCAAAUUGAAUGAAGAAACCAGGGAUGUUGGAAAGCACGUCGGAGAAUCUCAAGAUCCCCCUGUUGUUGGCAUCAACCCUGUCCUGAAAGGGGUUCCCUCAACUAAAACUCCACCAAGAAGGAACUUCAAUACAGAAAGACCACCAACAACUUCCACAAAACAAAAGUCAGUUAGGGAAGCUCCACAGCUGAAGGAGGAACCAAACACAGAUCCAGAGGAGAAGGAAGGUCCAGAUGAAAAGGAGAAUGCUGAUGAAGUGUUCCAAGAAAGAUCCAAAUUGGAUCGAAGCCCACCUCUUCGAAAGAAGCAUGAGCCGUUUGUGGCUCCCUUAGAUGACACACCAGUACCAGAGCCAGUCAAAGAAGUUCCAGCCAGACCUGUCACUAAGCAAGAACCUUUUAAACAAACUAAGCCUGUCAAGGAACCUAGCUUAGCCCCAGCCCCUACAGCCAACAUGGUGCCGUCCGACAGGGACAAGCCAGCAGGACUUCAGAUGGCUGACUUCCUACCGGCCGCUGUUGUUGAAAAUGUCAUUUCACAAGGCCAUGAGCCAAACUUCAAGUCCCCGGAACUACAAGUGUCAGAAGCUGAGACCCUGUCUUCUUUAUCAAAAAGUCAUGCAUCUAUCUGCGCAAUAAUGGCGGCAAGGCAGAGGAACCUCUCCCUGGUUGCUCGCUAUUGGGCGGAUGGAGAAGUCAAGACCUCUGUUGAGACUGCAGUUAACAUGAAUGAUCAAGCGAUCCUAGUUGAUGUCCUCAAUGUGCUCUGCCUCAAACAGACGCUUUGGAACCUUGGCAUCUGCUUAUUGAUUCUCCCAAAUUUGAAGGAAUUGUUUCAUAGUAAAUAUGAAAGCUACGUGCAAGCCGGUGCGUCUGCCCUCAAGCUAAUUCUCAGGAACUUCGCGCCUGUUAUCAAAAGCAACAUGGCCGCUCCACCCGUGUCUGUUGGUGUGGAUUUAGUGAGAGAGGAAAGAUUCCAGAAGUGUCAGGCUUGCCAUUCCCACCUGAUGGCAAUUCGCAACAUCAUCUCCAGCAAAACCUCAAUCUCUGGCAAGAUGGGAAGCCUGUACCGCGAGCUGAGCCUCGCAUUCGCCGCGCUCGACUGAACACUAAAUAGCCAAAAGAUUAAAGACAGAUCAUUUGAAUCUACCCAGUGCAGGCUGCAGCAAUAUUGCACACGCAAAUAUGUUGACGCUUUGUGUAAUGAGAGGAGUUUCUAGACAACACUUGUUCAAAACUUAUCAGUGGAAUCUAUCCAGUGCAGUUUGCGGCGAAAUGGCACUCAUGCAAUUCUUGGCGUUUUGUUCAAUGGAAGGAGUUUCUAGCCUUGUCUGAUGCAGGCUGGCACGAAGGCGCACAGGGGACGCGCGUGAAGUUGUAAAAUAUGAAGCAACGGUGACUAAAUGAAAACAUUCGACUCGAGUCAAACCAUUCGAAUAUAACUAAAAGUCAAGCAUUGACAAAGAAUUUGUAAAUAUUGUUCAUACCAUCAUGGGGUUUUAAUACUGGCUUAUAGUUUGAUUGUAUGCGCCAUAUUUUGUUGUUGUUGUUGUUGUUGUUGUUUUUUACGGUGUAAAAUGUUAGCCUUUCUCCAUGAGGGUAGGGGAGGGGGGUGGAAGGGACCUGUUACACUUCAUCUGUUUCUAUACGAAAACCACAGGCAACCCGCGAUUGUUGAUCCCGAGACUAUUUUUAUGGCGGUAGACUGUCGUAACUUAUUUUUUCGAGUUGUGCAAGUUAAUUUCUUACAAUGCUCUGUACAGUUGUGUAAGGUGGUUUCUGACAAUGCGAAUAAAUAAUUAUUUGUAUCAA